CCUCUGUGUGUCUCUGCAGCUCCCACACAUACUGGAGACUACAGGCAGGAAGCAGAAAGAAAGAAGACGGGGGCAGAUGAAAAUAAGGAAGUAAACGAUGUCGGAUCGAAGCUGGAGGAUCCCCCCUGUCUGCUGAAAAGUGAAAGCAUAUCUGUCGGCAGCUUAUUAAUAGAUUUCAAAGCACAGCGGCAGUGCUACGGAAGUUAGCCGUCAAGCUAAUUCCUCCAGCUCUGACUCCAUUUUAUCUCAAAACAAACAGUAGACACGAACAAACAGGAAAAAAAGGGGGAAGGAAGACACAGACAAACUUACUCCUCUUAUCCCCAGAAUUAUUAGCAGCCGCCAUGGACCACAAAGGGGAAACCCAGGAAGGAGCAAUGGGGUUGAAACAAGAGGAGCUGCCACAGAUGGAUGGGUCGUGUGAUGCAUGCGAGCCUGACGAGGCCCAACCGGCCACACAAGUUUGCCACAUCUGCAGCUUUGCCUUCUGCCCUGUCCAUGCUGACAGACAUUCCACAAGCACACAUCACCCGCUGCUGCCAUACAACCAUGAAGGGACACAAGCUAACAGACUUGGCGCAAAUAGAGACUCAAGAGGUGCAGCUGAUGAUGCUGCAGGGGCUGAAAGAGCAGCAGAAAUGGGCGCAGAUCAGGCAAUGGCACUGCUUGGAGAUGCAAUGGCCAAUGCAGCCGUAUGUGAUGAGAAUGCAGGGGAAAAAGAUGCAGCUCUGGAGAUGGAAGCUGAGGUGGGUGGUGAAGCAAUGGGUGCAGAAGCAGGGCAGGAGGCUGCUGGAGAGGCCGGGAAGAGGGACACUGUGACAGUGGAGAGACUGCGCUGCAAGGAACACGGACAGGAAGGCUCCCUCUACUGCAAACCAGAUGAAAAGAUAAUCUGCGUGGUGUGUGCUGUGCAGGGCGAGCACAGAGAGCAUGAAAUUAUCACAUUGCACGAGGCCUACGUGUGGCAGAAGAGCAGACCAGGUUAUGACCUGCUGGGCUGCACACAGCAGAUGGCUGAGAAUGUCAAGACCAAGUGGACAAACCCUGAGAUGUCUACAGAGGAGCUGGAGGCCUAUGUGAACAGCCAGUUCGACGAGCUCCGCCGGUUAGUGCGUCUGGAGGAGAAGAGGACCCUUCACCUGGUGGAUCUCAAAGAAGCGUUCCUGACGGCAUCUGCUGCCGAGAAAAUUGCAGAGAUCAGUGUCGAGACCGAGCGCCUGCAGGAGGAGAUGGACAGCAUCACGCACCAGCUAUGCCUGCUGGAACAGGCUGAGAAGCAAGGUUUCCCUCCUGCAUUGGCGGCAGAGGCCCUAAGAACAGCACCCGGACCAGCCCAGAGAGUGCAGAAUGACAUUGAGGCCAGACCCAGUCCACAGCAUGGCCCCCUGCUCGGUUAUUCUCCAAAUGCAACGAAGAAGAAGAAGGAGGCGGAGUGAGCAAAAGGUUGCCAGAGCCGAGAGCAGAGCCCAUGGACCUGCGGGACUUCAAAGACAACGAUUCAGGACCGUCCAUGGACCACGCCCCCUAAUCCUGACACAGCACUCUAUCUACCUGUCCUUCAACGUCUGCUUUGGCCCCACUAAGCUGUCAGGCUUGUCCUCUUUCCAUCAGCCUUCUUCCUCCUCCCCCUCGCCCAGUGCCUGCUGGCAGUGGAAUGACCUUGAAGAAAGAAAGGCUGCUGUGACGAAUAUGGAUAGCACCCCUCUUUUUCCACUCUCCAACUUUCUUUUUUAUAUUAAUUCCUUGCUGGCUACUAACUUUCUUUAAUUGAAGCAAGUAAGUUAUGUGCAAUCAAUUACCAUCAGGCUCAAUUUCCACAGCCAGCCAGUCACAUCCUUGGCUUCAUGGUGAGCCAGCUGAAUCACAGAGCUGAGCGGAGCAUCUGUUAAACCCAACAGAUGUCAGAAAUGGGGAAUUUCUGUGACACGGUGUGCUUCACACUCCAUUUACUCGCAAUAUCUUCUCUGUGUUUUUGACAAACAUUUUCAACUGUCUCACAAAAUGAAAGGGAACUUUCAUCAGACGCCACAAUGCCUUACGACAUCAGGAGAAUAUAUUACAGAAAUUUCCUGAGAGUUCUAUUUUUAUUGCAAAGAAAAAAAAUGGACGAUUUCUAGCUUUUCUUUUAUAGUGUUUCUUUUAUACUUCUUAUUGUCACAUUGCCUUCACCCCUCCUUUUUCAGCCCAACCUGCUUGUAGAUUUGAGCACACUUCCGGGUGUGCUUGUCAGAUCUAUUAUCAGAAGCGGGGGACAUUUUGACACUUAUUGAUUUCAGGAACGCUGCUGAAUCUUUGUUAGGUGAGAAAUCGAACUGUAAUUUGACUGUGUAAAAUAGCACUCCCGCAGUAUCAGCUUUCUACGUACUGUAAUAUAAAGGCUCAUUACUCCUGACCAAUCUGCAGCAUAUGACGGAUUACAGUCCAGACGACUGUGUGCAUUUUUUACCUUGACCUGCUCAGCCAUAACUUUGGUUCAUCACCACACAUCUGCCUGCAUCAGCAGUUUGUUUUUAAUGUGAUUAAUUCUGUUGCCUUAAAUACACAUCUAAAAGCGAUGUCACCCAAAAUAUGUGGGACAUGUCUGACAACUGCUGCAGCACUGCACUAAGAUGCACUGAGAGUUGUAUGCACACCAAAGGGAGAUGUCGGUGUGUCAGCAGCCUAUUGAAACGACUCCAAAAGCUCAUUCUUAAUUCGAGUCAAACAAAAGAUGAAGUGUGUCGCUGUCUGAUGUUUCCUUGUUUUUAUUUGUCUAUUUUUGUCUUAAAUCUAUAAAUAAAAAGCCUCUUUUUUAGAUUAGACACCAGAGAUGACAUUCUAAUUUACA